GGGAGCGCUGCAGGUGCGGCUGAGCGGGCGUCACCUGCCCGGGGACCGCAGCGGACCCACCCACCGCGGGACGCGGAGCCAGGGCUUCUCCGGAGCAGCGGGGCGACCGAGGGCGGCAACUGGUGAAGGCAGCUAUGGUGCCCGGAAGGUCCUGAGCUGAGGGCUCCAAGAGGGGCCGACAUGGGCCCUGAACUGCCGGUACCUUGGCUGCUGCUCUUCACCUGGCUCCCAGCAGGGUGUCUGUCCUUGCUGGUGACUGUGCAGCACACCGAGCGCUACGUCACUCUAUUUGCCUCCAUUGUCCUGAAGUGCGACUACACCACCUCUGCCCAGCUCCAGGACGUGGUGGUGACUUGGCGUUUCAAGUCCUUCUGCAAGGAUCCUAUCUUCGACUACUACUCUGCCUCAUACCAGGCAGCCUUGUCUCUGGGCCAGGACCCAUCAAACGACUGCAAUGACAACCAACGGGAAGUUCGCAUUGUGGCACAACGGCGAGGGCAGAAUGAGCCCGUGCUGGGGGUGGAUUACCGGCAACGCAAGAUCACCAUCCAGAACCGAGCUGACCUUGUGAUUAAUGAAGUGAUGUGGUGGGACCACGGAGUGUAUUAUUGCACCAUUGAGGCUCCAGGAGACACAUCAGGAGACCCAGAUAAGGAGGUGAAGCUCAUUGUCCUGCACUGGCUGACUGUGAUCUUCAUCAUCCUGGGUGCCAUCCUCCUCCUGAUGCUGAUUGGUGUGUGCUGGUGCCAGUGCUGCCCUCAGUAUUGCUGCUGCUAUAUCCGUUGCCCCUGUUGUCCCACUCGCUGCUGCUGCCCUGAGGAAGUCCUGGCCCGCCACCGCUACCUGAAGCAGGCUCGGGCCCUAGGUCCUCAGAUGAUGGACAAACCCCUGUCCUGGGGGGCGGACAGGAGCUCUCAGGUGUCAUCUUACCCAAUGCACCCGCUGCUGCAGCGAGAUUUGUCCUUCCGGUCCAGCCUCCCACAGAUGCCAAUGACCCAGGCCCCCACACACCCUCCUAUCACCAACAGUAUUCUGGAAUAUCUGGAGAAAGAGCUGCGGAACUUCCACCCAGCCCAGCCUCAGCUUCCUGACACCAAGGCCGGACCGGCACCCCCAUGCAGCCUGCUGUCCUCACUGGGCUCCGAAGUCGUGGAACGCAGAGUCAUCCACCUGCCCCCACUGAUCAGGGAGGUGCCAUCCUCUCAGGCAGCCAGCGACUCCUCACGCCAGCAGUGGCUCAGCCCGGUUGGCUCUAGACCCUGGGAUCUCGGGGAGGGAAGACAGCACCAUAACUCUGAUUUCCACCAGGAGCCCCAGUACCGCAGCCGAAAGCCCUGGGGGAGGCAAAGAAGGGAGCUGGACUACCCUCAGAGUGUAAGGCACCCAGGCCCCAGACCCUGGUCUGAUGGGGACAGCCUCAGCGAUGGCUGGUCAUCCUGGGAAGCCCACUGGAGACCCAGCCGGCCCCCUCUCCACAGCCACCGAAGUUGGGACUGGAACCGGGAUCCAGACCGGGAGCGGCCCCGCAGGUCCAGUCGCUUGCACAAGAGCAGCCAAAGGCGCAGGAGACACAGGCCCCGCAGCUACUCCCCUCCCCUGCCUUCCGACCUCAGCUCCUGGAGCUCAGAAGAGGAGGUGAAGGAGCGACCCCGGAGCUGGGGCACCCUCAGCCACCAUCGCCCUCGCCCUCGCCGCGGUCGCUCGCUCUCCCCACCCUGGCCGGAGGAGAAGCCGCCCAGCUACAGCUCACUGGAUGACACUCCAGGCAAGAAUGGCAGGCAAAGAGGGAGUGUGGAGAGGCGCUCGGAGAGAGAGAGCUCCCAUAGUGGAAGAAGUGUGAUCAUUUAGUCACCUGGUCUGGCAUUGCUUCCUGUGGCUACUUCACAGCUCUCCCAUGUCACAUCUGGGACUUCAACUUUCCAGCUGACAUGAGAACACCUGGAAGACCGUAUCUAACAAUUUUGGAUUCUAUCCUGAGAAUCAAACAGCAGAAGCCCAAAAGCAAGAGCUUGAGGAAUGAGUGAC